CAGAUACCCAGGUGUCAGGGAAAAGUCCGAAAUGGAGAAAUCGCCUCUGCUCAAACCUAAUCGAUCUAGGUCGACAGGAUGCUGCCAUGGGUUUGGGAAAAGACACAUCCUGGCCCUCAUCAGCUGUGGUGGGUUUGCAGUUGUCUAUGCUCUACGAGUUAAUCUUAGUGUUGCCUUGGUUGCCAUGGUGAACAACACAGAGUAUAAAAAGACUGUCCACUUCAGAAACAUUACCAACACGUCUGAUGGGGAGUGCCCUAACCUAGAACCUCAGAACAGCACAUUCUCCUGGGCAGAGCAAGGCGAGUUCAGCUGGGAUCCCAAGGUACAAGGGGUGAUAUUGGGCUCCUUUUUUUAUGGCUAUGUAACAACGCAGCUGAUUGGUGGGUGUUUGGCUGACAAGUUCGGUGGGAAGUGGCUGUAUGGCGUAGGAAUUCUCACCACGUCUGUGCUGACCAUUUUCACUCCUUUAGCAGCACGGACCAGUCCAUAUUUGCUGAUAGGCAUUAGGGUUUUGGAAGGCAUAGCAGAGGGGGUCACAUAUCCAGCCAUGUACUCAAUGUGGAGCAAGUGGGCCCCUAAACUGGAGAUGUCCUUUUUAAUCGCUUUAUCAAAUGCAGGUGGACCAAUCGGAACAAUCCUGUCUUUCCCAAUCUCUGGGCUGCUCUGUGAAUAUGGGUUUGGUGGAGGCUGGCCCUCUGUCUUUUACAUUUUUGGGUCAAUUGGCUGUUUGUGGUUUGUGUUGUGGAGUUUGCUGGCCUAUAACUCCCCUGCUGUUCACCCAACGAUAUCUGCUGAAGAGAAACAUUACAUACAGAGCUCAUUAGGGAACACCAAACACAGACAGAAUAUGCGAGUCCCAUGGAAACAGAUUAUCUUUAGCCGACCAGUCAUUGCCUUGAACAUUACCACUUUGUGUGGUGCCUGGGGAUUCUACACUGUACUUACCUGCAUUCCUACCUACAUGAAAGAAAUCUUGAAGCUUGAUAUGACUCAAAAUGGUUUGAUUUCAGCCCUUCCCUACGCUGUCAACUUUGUUGUAUCUGUGUUUAGUGGAUACCUCGCAGAUUUCCUGAGGAAAAAACAGAUUUUUUCUACAACAUCUACCAGAAAACUCCUAUCAGCACUAGGUCUGCUGAUCCAGGCCAUUGGUAUUGUGGGUGUAACCCUGGUGGGGUGUGAUCGGCCAAUGGUUAUCCUUCUGCUCACCCUGUCCGUGGGAUUUGGAGGGAUUGUUUCGGGUGGUUACUCCAUCAAUCAGCUGGACUUGGCCCCCGAUCUAACAGGUAUUAUCAUGGGAAUAUCCAACACUUUUGGCACAAUACCAGGAAUUGUGGGUCCGUUUGUGGCAGGAGUUAUCACCAAUACUGGGCAGUCACGCCAGGAGUGGGACAUGGUAUUUUUCAUUUCUGCGUCCGUUUCUACCGUGGGUCUACUAGUCUAUACGCUAUUUGGUUCUGGUGAGGAGCAACCGUGGUCUUGCUCCAACCCGACUGAUUUUCUGUCUGAAGGCUCUUACCAGGAAAUAGAUAGCGACGCCCCCAGCAUGCCCAGUUACGUUGGUAGUUAUCAGCCGACAAACUUUGAUAACCCCUUUGAGGGUAGAGGCGAAAUAUCCAACCUUUCUUACUACAGGGCAAAUAUCAAUAUAUGAUAGGUUCUGUUCAUA